AUGGUGCUACCUCCUGUCCAGAGAAAGGAUCUACAGAUGGAAUUGAAUUCCAAUGGCAGGAUUUGGAUUUUUUGGGAUGACAGUUAUAAGGACAUCAGAUUGGUGAGUUGCACAUCUCAGAUGAUACACUGUGGAAUAUAUGAUGCCAAUGGUAACUUCCAAAACUGGAUGACAGCUAUUUAUGCUAUGAAUCAGUUGGACCAAAGAAGGAAAUUAUGGGAUGAUUUGGUGUACAUACAUAACAACCAACAAGGGCCUUGGUUCCUUAUGGGGGAUUUUAAUAAUGUGACAAAAUCCAUGGAUAGGAUUGGGGGAAACUUGGUGACUGAGAGAGAAUAUGCUGAUUUAAGAAACUUGAUGGAUCAUGCUGGGCUUUUUGAGAAGGAUAGCACAGGUGAUUAUUUUACCUGGACAAAUAAGCACUCUGUAGGUACUAUUUACUCAAAAAUUGAUCAUGUGCUUGGUAACAUUGACUGGUUGCAGGGAAACACUGAUAUGAAUCUAGAGAUUCUCCCACCUAGUAUUUCUGAUCACUGCUUACUUUGUUUGUCUGACCAAAAAAGAAACAGGACUGUACACACCAACUUCAAGUUUACUAAUAGUGUGAUCAAGGUGGCUGGGUAUCAGGACAUUGUAAAGCAGAGUUGGCAUAAAGUGUGUGUGGGAAGACCUAUGGCUCGUUUGUGGUACAAGCUGCUGAGGUUGCAGGCUCCUCUUAUCAAAUUGAGCAAGCAGUUCUCUCACCUCCAUAUGUCCAUUGUUAAAGCCAGGACUGAACUACUCAAAGCGCAGGAAGAGUUAAUGGUGGACAUAAUGAAUAGAUCAAAAUUGGAUUGGCUUAGAGAAGGUGAUUCAAAUUCAGCUUUCUUCUAUGCCUACCUCAACUCUAGACAUGCAGUUACUCACCUCAGUCAACUUCAAAAGGAGGAUGGUACUUAUAUUCAGAAUAUGCCUGACAUAGAAAAGGAGGUUUGUGACUUUUAUGCAAAACUGUAUGGGAUUCAAGAACAUAGGGUGAGUAUGAUUGAUAUCAAUGCUAUGAGGGAGGGGCCACAGUUAAUUAUGAUGCAGAGAGCUGAACUUAUUACCCCUGCGACUGUUGCUGAAAUUCGUACUGCUAUUAAAGGGAUUGGGGACUUAAAGAGCCCUGGUAUUGAUGGGUAUGGUGGAAAAUUUUUUAAGGCUAGCUGGAAUGUCAUAUAG